CUUUCUUUUUUUUUUUCUUCUUCUCUUUUUUACUUUCUUCUCUUUUUCUUCUUCUUCUUUUUUGAAUGAUAUUAAUAAAAUAGACAAUACAAGAAAAUGCUUCAUAUUCAUAAUAAAUCAGGCAAGCAAAUCAUUGCCACUGCAAAAGAUCUAGAACGAAAUCGUACAACAACAAACGAUAAACGAAAUUCUAAGCAACAAAAUCCUCUUCGUAAAUCAAAGUCUUUAACGACAGAAAAGACAAAUUUAAUGGUCGAUAUUACAUUAAAGAGAAGGUCAACAGGCUGUAUCACCAGACAAUCUUCCUUUUAUACAACGUCAAACAAUAAUAAUCAUACCAAGGAAGUCUGGAGACCUCCUGGAUUUUAUGAAAUUCCUAAUGUUUUCGGCUCAGACUGUUUUUUAAAACCAGAACCUUACAAUAGUAAAAACACGUUUUGUUUACGUGAAUAUCCUUCAACAAAUAAUAAGUCUUCAGAGAAGAGACGUUGGUAUCCUGUCGGUCCAACUCAUGAAAUACCUCAAUUACCUCCUUUAAUUCGUUCUGAAAAUCAAUUUGAACGUAAAAUACGAAAGGCAUUAUCACAUCAACAAAUUACUGUAUCUACUUUGGAUCCUCGUAAUAAAUAUACUAAUUUUAAAGAAGUUGGCACUGGUGUAAAUGGCUCUGUUGUACGUGUUGUUCACAAGUACAAAAAAAAUGUUCAACUGGCUAUAAAAAGAUGCAGAUUAGAUCCCGACCACGAAUAUAAAGCAGCCAUUGUAAGAGAACUCCGUAUUAUGGCUUCUGGUCAUACUAAUUUGAUUCGUUUACGUGAAGUGACUUUAUGGCGUGAUGAUAUCUGGAUAGCUAUGGAUUUACAACGUUGCUCUGUCUUUGCUAUCCUUUGUCAAAGAGGAUUACCCGAAGAACAUACUAUUUACAUUACUUGUGAAACACUCAAGGCACUUCAUUUCUUACAUUCAAAAGCAUUUAUUCAUCGUGAUAUUAAAUGUGAAAACCUAUUACUAGGUUGGAAUGGUGAAGUGAAACUAGCUGACUUUGGUUUGGCUACUCGUACUACAAAACGUAAUCGUGACCGACUUGGUACAAGUAAAUGGAUGGCACCCGAAGUAAUUCGGGAAGAAUAUUAUGAUGAAAAAAUUGACAUGUGGUCACUUGGUAUCACCAUUAUCGAAAUGAUGGACCGUGUACCGCCUCAUUAUCUUAUCAAGGAUGAAUAUGAGCUCUUUACAACCGUCUUAAAUGAACCUAGCCCUACUUUUACUUAUAGUUACCCAACAAUGUAUAUGCGAGGCUUGGUUGCUUGGCUAUUAGAUGAAGUUCCUGCUACUCGUCCCUCUGCAAAAGAUGUACUUUCGGAAAUUGACGCUCAUGUUCAAAGUAAACUUUUGAAAUGCUCUUCAGCUACUGAACUUACAAGAUUUAUGAAUCAUGUUUUACCUUAAGAAUACAUUCUUUUUCUUUCUUUCUUUCUUUUUUGAAUUUAUAUGAAAAAAAAAAAUUAAUAUUUAUUUUUAUACCCUUUUAUUAGUUCACAUAUGCCCCCUUCCACCCUUUACCUUACUUUUAUAUAAACAUAUAUGAAAAAAAUAUCAAUUACUCGCUCUUUUUCUUUUUUUUUUUAUGUAUUUACAAACACGCUUUACAUGCUAUAUUUAAAACAAACACCCUUUUUUUUUCUCUUUUUUUCUCUUUUUUUCUUUUUCUUUUUCUUUUUU